GGGAGAGUAGAAGACAAAAGGUAGAGGUGGAUCCAUCUCUGCUGAUGUCAACUGCCAGGUCAUGCAGCAAAGGGGGGUUGGUGGGUUAUACUGCACUUGAGAGGGACCUGGACUCCAAAGAGCAGCUGCGCUCUCCUCCUUUCAAGAGAUCAAACAGAAGCAGCAGAGGAGUCUUGGCACGAACAUCUAAAAGAGAACUGAGGUUAGUAGAGAGGGAGGAACUUUAAGCCUCAGGCUGCACUUGCACACUAACCUGAGAGAAAGUCCUGCUGAACUGAAUGGGGCUCACUUCUGAAUAAACAUGAAUAGGAUUGCACUGUGGGGCUAAAAUGUAUGCAGAUGUAUACAUGGGAGUAAGCAUCAUUAAAUGAGUGUGACUUGCUCCAGGGCAAGCGAUUCAUAGGUCUUUUUCAUUUUGGAAGAGGUAGAUUGCUUUUUAAACGAAUGAAAUGUAUCCCCCCCCCUCCUCUGCAUGUUGCCUGCAUGAAUUUUAACACUCCCCCCCCCAUAUGACUACUGUUUAAAGCUGCAUACAAAUGAUAGGUUUUUUAAAGAGAGGAAGGAAAGAAGCUUGGGACAGGAAUCAAUUGGUAUCCACAUACUUUUUUUUUUUGUCCCACUCUUGUUUCUGGUCAAACAGGUUUGGCAGGAUUUGAAACAAUACAAAAACCUGACAUACCUGUUUUCCAAACGUGGGAUGAGGGUUCAUACCAUGAAUAGCAAUCCCAUUUUCAAACAACCUUUAACUUUUUUGUGGGGGGAUAACAAAACUAUUCUCUCUUUAAUUUAAUUAUCCUCUUUGGAUUGGAACAUUUAAAACUUCAACAGGAUCUAUCUUCUCUGCUCUCCGGGUUGUUUUGUGUUUAACCUCACUUGGGUUCGCAGAGUACUGUACUUGAGAAUCAAAGAGUAUAGCAAAAUGCAUAAGGAGGAAAUCUGAACUGGAAGAGGUACCUUCUGAACAAAACCCUCACCCCCUGACUCCCAAAGGUGGAGGGACUGGGUUUUCCCAUUCAGUAUACCCUGUUUUCUUCUGUGACCCAUAGACAUGUAAGUGCCAGGGCUGUGGAGUCUGUCAAAAUUCCUGACCUAGCCAACUUGUUGCAUGAUCAGUGAGUACUGAAGAACAUGAUUGUUGCUUUUGUGUCUGUCGUCCAUGAGAACUCACAGGCUUCAACACAGACUAAUGAGGGUUUUUAUUAUUAUCAUUAUUGAUAGCUGGUGUUUUAAGGUUUUUAAACAGAGGAUGUUUUUAAGCAGAGUUUGGAUGGCCAUCUGUCAUGGAUGCUUUAGCUAAGUUUCUUGCAUUUUGGGGGAUUGGACUAUAAGCAUAUCCAACUCCCAAGAGACUGUGUUCUACUCCCAGUAUAAAAAAACUGGCAGUGAUCUACCCAUUGUCAUUGGAGGGAGAAGGAGCGUGCGUGGGGUGGGUAGAUUGCCCAGAGUUGUUGAGCUUUUUUGGGGAGGAUUGCACAGAGUUUUUUAGCUUUCCCCCCAUAACUUUUUGUACAUGAUAAGGAUCCCGUGAACUACCAGGAUCUGCUGGGAAUCUACUGGUAGAUCACAAUCUACUGGUUGGACAUCCCUUUGACCCUUGGGGUCCCUUCCAACUUUACAAUUCUAUGGUUCUAUGAAAUUUCACCCCAGCUUUGGAAGUCAUGGGGGGGCGGGGGGGGUGCAUUGGGCAAGUCUCCCUCUCUUGUCAGACUCAGUUUCCUGACUGCAAUUAUUACAGAGAGAAGAUGCAUAAUACCGCAUGUUUGAAGAACACAGUAGAGUAAUAAUGAUAAUAAAGAAAUAAAUAUGUGCUCAAGCACAGAAGUAAGGUUCUUAAAAAGGUAGGACAUUGCAACAGGAAAAGGGGAUCAGGCUUCCUCUGUCCCUCUCUUCUAAAGCAACAGUGGGGAAACAUUUGCCCUGGAAAGAACUUUUCUAAAAGCUGAAAACUCCUUGCAAAGAUACGUGACUUUUCAUUGUUCACCAUAUCAAUCAGGAGCCCAUAACAGGCACAUUAGUAUAAUCCACUGGUCAAUGUGCCCUGUGCAGGCAACAUCCACUACUGGUGUGCUUCUACUCACAUAGAUGAUUCAAAUCAUACACAAUGCAUGCUGAUCAAAUUUAGCUAAACAGGAAAGAUGAUCUGCAUGUAUUUCUAAUAUAGCUAAACAAGAUUUUCCCUUUGUUUUAAAUUUCCACAGCUAUUUCGUCUCAGUAUCAUAAGCCCCCUAACACAUACUUCUCAGGGUUUCUUCUAAUUGCACAGGACACUGAAAUUCAAAGGGCUGAAGGAGCAAUUGGCUUAACUGGACAUUGUUUGACAUCCUUCAACUUGUAAGAUUCCAAGGCUUUAUUUUGCAUUCAGAUUUUGACUCAGUCCUCCUGAGUCGGCCACUGUAUUUCCUUCUUUAGUAACUGGUGUCAUUUCCCUAGACCUUUUCCCCAGCUCUGCUUGUUCUCACAACAAGCAUUUGCUGGCUUGAAUGGAAAAGGAAAUAUAAUAAAAAAAAUAUUUUCCUGCAACGGUAUCACAUUACCUUUUCUAUUAAAACAAAAUAUUGACAGGUCAAUAGAGACCUAAAAGUAAUUAUAAUUAUUUAGCAAUAGGAAAGGACAUCAAAAGUAGUUUUUCUGAUGACAGAGUCAGCUUUGAUUGGAACCCUGUGGUGGAGAGGACUCUUCCUACAAUGCCAUUGUCUUUAUAAAUUACUUGGUUAAUUUAGACCAUGAUUGGGGGACCUAUGGCCUUCAGCUAUUGCUGGACUACAACUCCCAUCAUCCCUGCCCAUUGCUGGAGCCCAACAACAUCUUGAUUGAAAUGCUUGAUGGCCAACCUGUCUCUAAUUUCAGGGGGCUGCUGUCUCAAUGGUGUCCCAGGGUAACUGAGGCUGAGAGGAACUGAACCAGAAAAGUCUAACUGCAAGAUUUCAAGCCUUGUCACCCCAUCAGCAGCCUCCCUCUCAUCCCCUUGCCAUCUCCUCCUCUUUCCUUCUCUUGUAUAUGUCCUUGUGAUUUGGAGAUUAGUGGCAAGAAAGUCAUGCAACUGCCCUUUUCACUCUGCCAGCACUGUUUUUCUGCUGUGUUUUCUUCCAGCAUUUCCCCACCUGCUCUCCUUUCCUUUAUCUUUCCUUUCAGAUCCGCUACAUCCCAGGAUGAGCCUGUUCCAUUCCUCGCUGGUGCUCCUAUUACUCUUCAGCGCUCCCUUUGGAGAACCAGCUGGCAGCUAUUUCCCUCUUAAGGACUCCUGGCAUGCAGGUAGCAAGUGGUAUCAGUUGUGACCCGUUCCUACAUUUAACCUGCACUCUUGAUUCCAAGAUCAGGAGUGUCAUUUUAGUAUUUUGAUUUUCAAACAUGGGCUGUAUUAAUUCAUGCUGGACCCCACUAUGCCGAUCUUCAGGGGACCACUGUGGACUCUAUAGUCCAUGUGGCUAAUUCUUAGGAAGGUGUGGGUAUCGCAGAUGUACUUACCUCCUACCUGCCUCCCUUUGGGAGAGAACUGUGGCUCAAUGCAAAAGGUCCCAGCUUCAGGCCCACUGCAUGUGUAGGACUGAGAAUGAAUUCUAACUGAAACCCUUGAGAGCCACUGUCAGUCGAUGUAGACCAUGGAUGAGGAACUCUUGCCCUCAAAUGCUGAACUCCAACUCCCAUCAGCCCCAGCCAGCAUGGCCAGUGGCCAUGGAUAAUGGGAUUUGUAAUUCAACAACAUAGAGAGAGCAACGAGUUCCCCUGGUAUAGAAAAUAUUGAGCUAAGUAGGCGAAUGGGAUGACAUAAGGCAGCUUUCUACCUUCUUAUGCUUUUCCACCAGGGUGCUUUCCACAUGCCUCACCAUUUGUGAAAGUUAAUGGUGGGGAGGGGAUAAUGCAAAAUUUACUUUUCAACAGGUUUCUCACCCCACCCCAACAGUGAGCCUCAAAUCCCCCCCCUCUCUUCCUCAUUCUCCCUAGGGGAACUUUCCAAAAACAUUGCCAACCCAAGCCACUGGGCUGAUGCCAUCCCAUGUCCACAAAGGAAGUCCACACCACCUUUUAUGGGCAAGCGUCAGGAGCAGCAGCAGCAGCUACGGCAAAGGAUGCCUCCAGGGAAGAGCAGAGUUGUCUCCGUCCCACAGGGGGCCUUGCUGGUGGAACGGGAGAAUGAUCUCUCCACCUACAACUGGAACUCCUUCGGUUUAAGAUAUGGCAAGAGACAAGCGUUGCCAGCAAAGGAGAAAUUAUGA